GGCCUGGAGACAGCCCAUGUCUGGAUCUCCAUCCCCUUCUGUGCCAUGUACAUCAUAGCCAUCUUGGGGAACAUCACCAUCCUGUUCAUUGUGAAAACAGAGCCGAGCCUCCAUGAGCCCAUGUACUAUUUCCUCUGCAUGCUGGCCGUCAUCGACUUAGUCCUCUCUACGUCCGUCCUUCCCAAAAUGCUGAGCAUCUUCUGGUUCAAUUCUAGGGCAAUCAAUUUCAGUGCCUGCCUCACCCAGAUGUUCUUCAUUCAUUGUGUUUCAUCAACAGAGUCUGGGAUCUUUGUGGCCAUGGCAUUUGAUCGCUACGUGGCCAUCUGUGAUCCCCUGAGACAUUCCACCAUCCUGACAAACACCAUGGUGGUCAAGACUGGCCUGGCCAUGGUGCUUCGUGGCAGCGUGCUUGUAAUGCCCUAUCCCAUCUUCGCAAGUCUGCGGCCAUAUUGCAGAACCAAUAUAAUCUCCCAUGUAUACUGCGAGCACAUGGCCGUGGUGAAGUUGGCCUGCGCUGACAUUACCAUCAGUAUCCUCGGUGUCCAUGGACUGGAUGUGAUUUUCAUUGCCAUGUCCUAUACCCUGAUCCUCAGGGCCAUCUUCAGACUCCCUAUGAAGGACGCCCGGCUCAAGACUUUUGGGACUUGCAGCUCCCACCUCUGCGCCAUCGUAACAUUUUACAUCCCAAUGAUCUUCACUUCUCUCAUGCACCGGUUUGGCCACAGCGUGGCCCUGCCUUUCCACAUUUUCUUUGCCAACAUUUACCUCUUGGUGCCCCCCAUGCUAAACCCCGUCAUCUACGGCGUGAGGACCAAGCAAAUCCGGGACCGGCUGCUCUGGCUCUUGAGUCUUAAAAGAACCUAA